GGGACUGGUGUUUGUAGUGACUUGCCCCAUUGCCGGUGUGAGAAACCUCCCCCUACCUAACCGGACAGCCACAGGUCCGGCAGGAUAGCCCUUAAUCCCAGUAGGCCUUGGGCACCAGCUCUGAUGUCGGCCCAGCAGCCUGCCGCCCCCACUCCCCGCCUCCCAAAGAGGCCACCCAGCGAAGGACAGGCAGGGCCUGGGUGCUGCCUGACAGGCACCUCUGCCGCCAGCCCUGCAUGCCCUUGCCUCAGUCCAGCAUGCUGCGCGCCAUGCUCCUGCUGUUGGCCCUGCUCCCAGGGACAGCCACCUUGCCCAGCGAGCCACCUGGUAUGUACAGCGCCCCCGUUUCCCGCGGCACCUGGGCCCUGGCUGCGCCGACCCCUCUUCAGUCUGGAGCUGUCGGACGCGGAGGACGCCUUCCUGCGCCGCGCUGGGCCGCUCGAGGUCCCGGCCAACAGCCGCGUGUAUGUGCAGGCCGCCCUGGCACGUCCCUCCCCGCGCUGGGGCCUGACCCUGCACCGCUGCUCAGUGACUCCGUCCUCACGCCCGGCCCCGGGCCCCGCCUUGGCGCUGCUGCGCGGGGGCUGCCCAGCCGAUUCCUCCGUCACCUUCCCGCCACCGCGGCGGUUCCCGGGUGCCGCCCGCCCCGCGCGCUUCAGUUUCCGCCUGCGCCCGGUCUUCAACGCCUCUGUGCAGUUCCUGCACUGUCAGCUGAGCCGCUGCCGCCGCCUCCGGGAAGCCCGCCGGACGCCUGCCCCUCUGACGUUGCCGCCUCCGUCGCCGUGUCUGCCUCAGGAUGAGGCGUGCGCGGGCGCCGGCAGUGGCAGCGCUGAGAGUCUGGGUGCUGACGGCUCCCACCUGCACACGCUGACGCAGCCCAUCGUGGUCACUGUGCCGCGGCUGCCCCCCAGGCCACCCAAGGGCGUCCCCGGCAGAGAGGCGCGCCCCGAGCCUCCCGCGCCAGCUCCAGGAGCCCUGGAGCCCGCGCCGGUGGUGGCACUUGUGUUGGCCGCCUUCGUGCUGGGCGCCGCUCUGGCUGCCGGGCUCGGCCUCGUCUGCGCGCACUCAGCGCCCCCACCCCCUGGCCCGCCUCCAAGAACCUCGCCGGGCGGCCCCCAGCCCUGAAGGCCCCAGUAAGGCAGGUCACAAAAUUUGGUGAAGAUGAGAUUUGAACUCGGUGGCCCGCGGCGGAUUGCAGGCUCAGCGUCGCAGGAAAGGACCUCAACAUCUCAGGCAGGCACUAGGCAAAGAAAUUUGGGUUUCAGACCUAGCACUCACCCUCACCCCAGCACACAGACUGAUGGGGCGGCCAAUGAUCGGCUGGAAAGGGGGUGACCCGCCUCUGUGUCCUACUCCCCGCUCAACCCGAGUCGCCCUUCCCCAGAGAUGGCGCGCCCCCAACAGGGUCCGGAGACAUACCAACCACGGCCUCAGACCACGCCCGCCAGGACUUCGGAUUCGAAGGGACCACAAUCCCUGCGCCCCGCCUCCUCUCGUUCCUCCUCCCAUCCUCCCACCUGGAUUCAAAAUAAACACGUGGCCUGAACUGCA